AUCAAAGUUCACAGUGUUGGCUCGGGGGUGCACUGCAAACAAGAGGCCAUUAUUUACAGCUUCCUCUCCACACACAGACAGGCGGACCGAAACACGGGGAGUGGAGGCUUGCUUCUUGUUACAGCAGAUAACCGGACGCUAAAAUGUUGAGGAAACCUCCGGUAAGCAUAUGUCUGAAGCUGAGCCGCCACCGACAUGAGGGGAUCCUGAGAGCGGCAGCGGGGCUGAGUCCGGCGCUGCACGCAGACGUCCACCGCCGACAAGCAUCCAGCGGCGGCACCGUCAUGGGCGUCAGCAAGCUGAAAACCAUGGAUGACUUGGGCGGACCGAGCUUCGCUACUACAUUAUACUGGCUCUUUAUAAAGGGAUAUUUUCAGACAACGCAGCAAAUGCAGAUCGAACACAAGAAGAUUUAUGGAAAAAUCUGGAAGUCUAAAUAUGGCCCCCUGAUUGUGGUGAACGUGGCCAGUGCUGAGCUCAUAGAGCAGGUUCUGAGGCAGGAGGGCAGACACCCCAUCCGGACUGACAUGCAGCACUGGAGGGCCUACAGAGAGCUCAAGAACAAGGCCCAUGGCCCCCUAACAGAGAUGGGAGCCAAUUGGCUGCGAAUCCGCACCAUCCUGAACCCCCGGAUGCUGAAGCCCAAGCACGUCUCAUCGUACUCUAACACCAUCAAUGAAGUGGUGACAGACUUCAUCCGCCGUGUUGCCUGGCUGAGGGAAACCAACGGACAGGGAGUCAUGGUUAAUGACCUGACUGAAGAACUGUACAAAUUUGCAUUUGAAGGUAUCUGCUCAGUUUUGUUUGAGACUCGCCUGGGCUGCAUGAACGAUGUUGUACCCGAGGAAACUCAAAAGUUCAUCUUCUCAGUCGGGGAGAUGUUCCGGCUCUCCCCCAUCAUCGCCCUCUUCCCCAGGUCCUUCUGGCCCUACUUGCCUUUUUGGAAACAGUUCGUUGCAACUUGGGAUCAUCUUUUCAAAGUUGCCGAGAAGUUGGUAAAUAACAAAAUAGAAGAGAUCCAGCGGGACGUGGACCUGGACAAGAACGUGGAGGGAGCGUACCUGACGCAACUGGUGCUCAGUGAACAGAUGACGAUCACGGAGAUCCUGGGGAGCAUCACUGAGCUCCUUCUGGCAGGAGUAGACACGACUUCCAACACCAUCUCUUGGUCACUAUACCACUUGGCAAAGGAGCCACAGAUCCAGGAACAGUUAUACCAGGAGGUGAUCAGAGCUUGCCCUGGAGACAAGGUGCCAACCGGCGAUGAUAUCACUAAGAUGCCAUUACUGAAGGCCAUCAUCAGAGAAACACUCCGACUAUAUCCGGUGGUACCAGGAAACGCCCGUAUUACUGCUGAAAAUGAGAUUGUAGUUGGAGAUUAUCUCUUUCCAAAAAAGACUCUGUUCCACCUGUGUCACUAUGCUGUGUCCUAUGAGGAGAGCAUCUUUCCUGAUCCUCAAACCUUCCUGCCGCAGCGCUGGCUGAGAGGCGGGGAUGAUAAGAUCAAACAGCACCCGUUUGGGUCAGUACCUUUUGGUUUCGGUAUCCGGGCCUGUUUAGGACGGAGGGUGGCCGAGCUUGAGAUGUAUCUCCUUUUGUCCAGGGUUAUAAAGCACUACAAGAUUAGGCCGGACCCUGCUGGAAAGACAGUGAAGCCGAUCACCAGAACUUUGCUCUGCCCCGCGACACCAAUCAACCUCCAGUUUCUGGAUAGAAGAGCUUUGCAGGAGGAGGAGAGAGCGACAGCAUGAGGGUUUUUUUAAAAUCUGUAAACUGUUUAGUAUUCACAGUGCCGCCGUCAUAGCACCAAUCUUUUGUUUCUGCAGAGUUCUCUACAUAAACAGUAACAGGAAUGAACCAACACUGAGACAUACAGCACAGGCUGGAUGUGACAGGCUGUAGAGUACAGUACAUACAGUUAAACCGUCUCUUCAUGUAAAUCUGAUGACUUUAUCCUGCAAUUUGUUUCAGCCCAUCAUUUUGGAUAUGCAAGGGUUUAUAUGUUGUUAGCACAAAAUGUUGCGAGUUCACAACUGAUUCAUGUCUGGUUUCUUCUUUCAUUAUUUUAGUCAAAGAUUAUGCAUGGCAUUGCAUUAAAAAGGUAAUUUUAAAGCAGUUUGCACAAAAACUGGCCUCAAAUAGGCGCACUUUCAUGGCAAUAUUUCAUGACAAUUUAAAGAGAAAAAGGAUUUUUCUUUAUUCUAAGUAAUAAACUUUUGCUAAAGCUGUUAUCUGUCACUAUUUUAAAGUGGCUUGCAUGAAUAUCUAUACCCCAUAAAGCUGCAUGUCUUGUCACACUACAACCAAAACUUUAUUUUUGUAUUUUACUUUAUGAAAUAUACCAACACAAAGUAGUGUAAUAUUGUGAAGUGAAAGGUAAGGAACACAUGGCAGAAGAGCAUCCAUACAGCAAAAUACUGCCACUGCCGUUUUUCACCGUAGGGGCAGUAUGCUCAGGUUGAAGCCAAAAGGUUCAGUUAAUAAUGCUCUCCCUGUCCAGCCAGUCAGUUUAGUUAGAGGGCCAUGUAUUGUAAGGCCUAUUGGCUUUGUCCCUCUGAUUAAUGCUCACCCUGCCCACACUUUCAGCUUAGGUGGCUGUCCAUGUAGGUUUGCAGUUGUGCCAGACUUUCCAUUUUCUGUGUCACCAAGUCACCAAUCCCGAAGGCAAAUGGUUGCACAGAAUUUUAUUUAGAGGUUAAGGGCAAAGGUAAAGGGGGCUAAUCUAAAAAAGGGGAAAAAUUGUCUUUAGCUAUAUAUUUAUUAAUUAAAACAUUAAAAACACUAUUUUGUUAAUCAUUUUACUUUUCAUCAGAUAAAUGUAGCCCUGUUUCUCUUUUGUCAUUUUGUCUUAUAUAGCUCAUUAAAAUGAAAUUUGAUUGCUUUUUGAAAAAGUUGCACUUAUUCUAAUAUCAGAGCACUAUAAUUAAAAAAAAUGUUUGAGAUGUGCGUGAGGUGACAUAGUACAAAUCUGCAUUAUUUCUGACAAUAGGAAAAACAAAGAUUUACUUUUUGAAAUAAAAAAAAAAAUCUAUUCAAAUAAAUUCUGGAUCUUCUUGUU